AAAUGUAAGAUGCAGAAAAUAAACAGAACAAAACAACAAAGAGUGUAGAUUUUGAGUUUAGUUUCUCCCUCCAUUCUCCAUUCUCCCAACCAAAACUAAAAAUAAGAGGGAGAGGGUGGGCUUAUGGUUUUCUUCAAAAAGUGUCUUUUUGACCAUAAACAUCCAUGGUCCAUCAUCACCUCCUCUCUCUUUCUUCCUCUCUUCCUCCUUCUAUCUUUCCUCUUAUAUCUCAUUUAAAUUUUCUUUCCUCCCUAUAUUAUUAUCCAUAAUCUUUAUUAGUAUUUGAAAAACAUCAUCAACUUUUGAGGAUUAUAUUCAUAUUGCCAUAAUGGGCAAUAUAUGUUCUGCUAGCUCAAAAGUUAGUGGUUCUAACAGCAACACCCCUUUCACCACAACCACCACCGUGAAUGGACACCGUAACCGGAAGAAUUCAUCCAAUACAUCAAGAAAACAAGAGGGGUCUCAUUGCAAUAAGCAGAAAGCUAAGGAUAAGCAACAAACGAAGAAUGCUCAGAAAAAUGUUAAGCACAAUUCAAGAAAGCAAAGUGGGGUUAUUCCUUGUGGGAAAAGAACAGAUUUUGGGUAUGAUAAAGAUUUUGAUAACAAGUUUACCAUUGGCAAGUUGUUGGGUCAUGGCCAAUUUGGAUAUACAUAUGUUGCCACAGAUAAGUCUAACGGAAAUCGCGUGGCUGUCAAGAGAAUUGAGAAGAAAAAGAUGGUUGCUCCAAUUGCAGUUGAGGAUGUAAAACGAGAAGUCAAGAUAUUGAAGGCCUUAGCCGGUCAUGAGAAUGUGGUUGAAUUCUAUAAUGCAUUUGAGGAUGAUAACUAUGUUUACAUAGUAAUGGAGUUAUGUGAGGGCGGAGAACUCUUGGACCGCAUUUUGGCCAAAAAGGACAGCCGUUAUACCGAGAAAGAUGCAGCAAUAGUUGUGUGUCAGAUGCUAAAGGUUGCCGCUCAAUGUCAUUUACAUGGUUUGGUGCAUCGUGAUAUGAAACCUGAGAAUUUUCUAUUUAAAUCUCCAAAGGAGGACUCAGAGUUAAAGGCCACGGAUUUUGGUCUUUCAGACUUCAUAAGACCAGGGAAGAAAUUCCAAGAUAUAGUUGGAAGUGCAUAUUACGUAGCCCCAGAGGUAUUAAAGCGUAGAUCUGGACCUGAAUCAGAUGUGUGGAGCAUUGGUGUAAUUACAUUCAUUUUGCUCUGUGGUCGUCGGCCCUUCUGGGAUAAAACGGAGGAUGGCAUAUUCAAGGAGGUCCUGCGAAACAAGCCUGAUUUUCGUCGCAAGCCUUGGCCAACUAUAAGCAACAGUGCUAAAGAUUUUGUUAAGAAAUUAUUGGUUAAAGAUCCUCGUGCUAGACUUACUGCUGCACAAGCCUUAUCACACCCAUGGGUCCGUGAAGGAGGCGAUGCAUCUGAGAUUCCUCUGGACAUUUCCGUCUUAUCUAACAUGCGACAGUUUGUAAAAUACAGUCGAUUAAAACAAUUUGCUUUACGGGCAUUAGCUAGCACACUUGAUGAGGAGGAACUGGCAGAUGCACGGGAUCAGUUUUCUGCAAUUGACGUGGAUAAAAAUGGUGUCAUUAGCCUUGAAGAAAUGAGACAGGCCCUUGCUAAGGAUCUCCCUUGGAAGAUGAAAGAAUCACGGGUUCUUGAGAUUCUUCAAGCGAUUGAUAGUAACACAGAUGGGCUUGUUGAUUUCCCAGAGUUUGUUGCAGCGACUCUACAUGUCCAUCAGUUGGAGGAGCAUAAUUCUAUAAAAUGGCAGCAAAGAUCGCAAGCUGCUUUUGAGAAAUUUGACAUUGACAGAGACGGAUUCAUCACUCCAGAAGAACUUAGAAUGCAUACCGGCUUAAAAGGCUCCAUAGCCCCACUGCUAGAAGAAGCAGAUGUCGACAAAGAUGGUAAGAUAAGCUUGUCAGAAUUUCGUAGGCUUCUAAGAACUGCAAGUAUAAGUUCACGUAUGGUAAACAGUCCAAGAUUCAGAGGCUCUCGGAAAAGCUAGCUUCAUAAAGAGAUGCGUAGAAGUGGGUGUUUGGAGACAUGGAAGUUAUCCAUGAGAAAAUUUUGUUGGAAAAUCAUGUUCAUGAAGUUUACGCGGAUCUCAUGUGCUGUUCCUCUGCUGCAAUUCUGUAUAUAGAAGUCUCUAAAAUGAAUGGUAGUUUAGACAUUUGGUCUUGUGUAGACAGUGGCCGGUGCCACACAGUUCCCAACAGAGUUUGCUGAUAGAGCAUUUGGCAUGAGGUUGCUUUCUCCUAUACAACCAGCACCAAUCAAUGUAUGUAUCCGGUCGUUUUAAGUGUACAUUACUGAUGAGUUUUUCUGGGCUUCCCUUUGAGUAUGUAACGCUACGUCCUUGUAUAUUAUUAUAUCAUCAAUGAUGAACAUGUCAAUGUUUUGCAA